AUGGCGGCGAUUCGAAAUGUCGCGGUUGCUGGUGCUUCCGGUAACCUUGGAUCACAUGUCUUGAAGGCGCUUCUUCAAGCUAACUUUAACGUUACCGUUCUGACUCGUUCUCAGAAGCCUGGGAGUUACGAUGCCAAAAUCACGGUAGCAGAGGUAGAUUUUACCUCUACGAACUCUUUGACAUCGGCUCUUCAAAAUCAAGAUGCUGUUGUAUCGACCGUUGGGAUAGCAGGGUUGGAAGGGCAAAAGAUUUUAAUCGAUGCAGCCAUAGCCGCCGGCGUUCAAAGAUUUAUUCCUUCAGACUUUGGAGUAUGCACCACUAGCCCCAAGGUUUUGGGGUUUCCAUUUUAUUCUACAUUGGCAACUGUUCGGCAGUAUCUCGCAGACAAGGCAGCUACAAGCACUUUGUCCUACACUGUGGUCGCACCUGGAAGCUUCUUGGAGUACUUACUGAUGGCACCAUCCGUUGUCGAUUUUAAAAACCAUUCAGUUGCUUUAAUUGAUGACGGCAAUAAUAGGUUCAGCACUACAACUUUAGCCAACGUUGGGACUGCGAUUGCUGGUAUAUUCAACAAUCCAGAAAAGACUAGAAAUCGUGUUGUCUAUGUUUCAGAGGCAAUUCUGACACAGAGACAAGUACUUGACAUUGCCAAAGAAAUCAAGUCAAAGAUAACAUGGACCAUUAGCAAUAUCAAGUCAUCAGACGUCCUGAGAGAAGGUCUUGAUGCAGUCGCCUCUGGGGAUAAUAGCUUGCAAGCUGUAGGGAAGAUAUUGCUUGGCACUGCCUUUGGAGGUGAAGAAUAUGGUUCUGCGUACGACAGCAACGACAACAUACUUGUUGGCAUUGAAGCCAUCUCCCAGCAGAAGCUAAAGGAUUUAAUCGCCGAGCGCUUCAACUAA